UGUGUUUGUGCUAAGUGAGUGCCCCAACAGGGGUUCGCCUCUCGUGGCCAGAAAUGUUCUAACCUGAGAGACAGAUCCAGACAUACAGAAGCAGCAUACUACUAAAGGACUAAGUAACGACUAGGCAGCCAUGUCGGUUUCUCAGAUCACCCCCACCCUGUUCCUGAGUGGAGCAGACGCUCCCCUCAACCAGGCCCUGGUCUCCCGCAAGGGCAUUACCCUCAUCGUCAAUGCCACCCUCAACCACGUCUGCCCAGUCUACCCAGGCGUGGAGUGCCUGCGUGUGCCCGUCUCUGACCUGCCCAGCGCCCGUCUGGGUGACCACUUUGACCGUGUGGCAGAGCGCAUCCACAGCAACCGGACUGGUGGUACGCUGGUGCAUUGUGCGGCUGGCAUGAGCCGCUCGCCGGCCCUGGUCAUAGCAUACCUAAUGCGCUACCGGGGCGUGACUCUGUGCCGGGCCCACGCAUGGGUGCAGGAGAGUCGGCCGUACGUACGACUCAACGCAGGUUUCUGGGCGCAGCUACUAGAGUUUGAGAAGAGGCUCUAUGGGAAGAAUACGGUUAAGGUGGCUGCGCCCAUGCCGCCUGUGAAGCCGCCCCUGUCGCCAUGGACACUGCGGUCAUCAUGGACACAGCGGUCACCACCACUGUUGCCCAGGUCACCAUUGUUGUCGUCUUUAUCGCAGGCCAAGAAGUUGAAGAAGGGUAGGCUUGUAAGGAAAUAGUAGAGGAGGGAAGUUUGCUUUUCUGUCUGAAGAUGUGAGGGAAGAACUUACAGCCCUACUGCCUGAGGAUGUAAACCAGGGAAGCAGGCAUGUCCCCUGCCAUGAUUUGAUAAGGGAAAUAUAGUACAAUAAUAAUCUUUGUAUAUAUGUACACUGAACCAAAAUAUAAACACAACAUGCAACAAUUUCUAAGAUUUUACUGAGUUUCAGUUCAUAUAAGGACAUCAUUAAAUUUAAAUAAAUUCAUUA